CUGGAGACAUUCCAAACCCACCCGGACACGUUCCUGUGCCGCCUACUCUAGGAGACCCUGCCUGGAUGAUCUCCAGCGGUGCCUUCCAACCCUGACAAUUCUACGAUUCUGUGCCAUAUGAAUGACGAUUUAGUCAGCAUCCAGUGUGCAGUGGGAGCACUUCUAAAGGGCAUUCAUAGCCCGAAAGGCCAGUAUCACGCAGCGGUGUGUCGGAGGCACGCGUGCGGCCGUUUUGCAGCGGGGCGGUCCCGGCCCCGACACACGGCACAGGCGUGGCCGCGGCGCAGAGCGCACGGAAAGGGCGGCCCGGCGGCGGACAUGCCUCUGGCCAAAGACCUAGUGCAUCCCUCCUUAGAGGAUGAGAAGAGGAAGCACAAAAAGAAACGUCUGGUGCAGAGCCCAAACUCCUACUUUAUGGAUGUAAAAUGUCCAGGAUGCUACAAGAUCACCACUGUUUUCAGCCAUGCUCAGACAGUAGUUCUGUGUGUAGGGUGCUCAACUGUCCUGUGUCAGCCAACUGGGGGCAAAGCCAGGCUCACAGAAGGCUGUUCAUUUAGAAGAAAGCAACACUGAACAGUUCAGCAUGUGAUUUUUGGAUCUGUGUUCCUGAAAGCCUUACCAGUUUAAAAAUGCCUGUUACAACAACAGUGUAAUUAUGGUUGAUUUUGUACAAAUUACAUGCUACUGCUCACUAAUCUGCUGGAAUCUCUUUUUCAAUAAAUGAUCUGAAGUGCAAGUUUUUCCUGUAAGUUUGCAGACAACCAAGCUCUAUUUUUAUAAUUUUACAUUUAAACAAUAAAAACCUUGGACUUCCUGCAUCCUUCCCCUUGCUAAUCAUGAACUACAGCAGUGUAAUGCAUAUAGUGACAGAAACUGCUUUAAAAAUGCAUUUUUGUGUAUUUUAUUGCUGCAGCUACUAUGACUGCAAGGGUUGCAAAAGCUAGGUAAGAUUUAAAAUGGCUCAUUUGCUUUCAAUGUUGCUGUAGUCCCUUCUCCCUCUUGGUAAUAUGGUAAUAAAUAAAAAUGAAAAGUUGCUCA